AUGGCACCCACCAUCGAAGAACUAUAUCCCGAGUACACUCUUACUUCUUCUAUCGACAAACUACGUUCCGAGCACUAUGCUCACCUUGAUGAGAAGAACCAUGUUUAUCUUGACUAUACCGGAUCAGGCCUUGCCUCUGCUUUCCAGCUGACCCACUCUUCAGUUCGACUUUCAUCCACGCUUUAUGGCAAUCCUCACAGCAUCAACCCCUCCAGCCAAGCAUCCACCAAUGCCAUCAUAGCUACGCGGCUCAAAGUCUUGCAGCACCUGAAUACGGAUGCGGAAGAGUAUGAGGUCAUCUUCACAGCCAACGCCACAGAGGCCGCAAAACUUGUUGGAGAAUCGUACGCAUUCACUAAAGAAACGAAGUUAGUGUUGACGACGGAUAAUCAUAAUUCCAUCAACGGACUUAGGGAGUUUGCAGGAAGGAAGGGAAGCAGUACCGUUUACAUACCCUUCUCAUCUCCCGACAUGAGAAUCAAUGACGAGGAUUUCAUAAAGGCUCUUUCGGCGGCACGACCGGGGCGGAAAGCUACUAUGAGUACUGGAAUUAACUGGUUGGCCAAAUCACUUCUGGGGUGCCAGCCUUGGAGAAGAAAUACAGGUGACGCUGCCGGCCGCGAGGAUGGAAUGAAGCGCUGUUCCACGUCAGAUACCAAUCCAAACCAGGAUGCUUCUUGUGACAGCCCUGCCCUUUACAAGGCCUUUCUCCAGCCCUCUUGCCAAUCGUCACUAGUACCUCCACAAAGUGCCAGCACCGCACCGGCAAGACCACUGGAAAAAACGACGCGCCAUGGACUCUUUGCUUACCCGGCCCAAAGCAACUUUACCGGCGUCCGUCAUCCACUGGCGUGGGUCACCUACGCCCAACGCCAAGGGUAUGAUGUGCUGCUCGACGCAGCCGCCUACCUGCCUACCACUAGGCUCGACAUGUCUAUUACCAAGCCCGAGUUUCUCAUUAUCAGUUGGUACAAACUCUUCGGGUUCCCUACCGGUGUGGGCUGUCUGGUUGUGAAAAAGGAAGCCCUGUCCAGGCUCGUAAGGCCCUGGUUCUCUGGGGGCACCAUUCAAGCUGUCACGGUGGGGGUCCCUUGGCAUCUGAAGGCGAGGGGGGCUGAGGGAUUCGAAGAUGGGACAGUGAAUUUCCUGGGCAUUCCUGAGGUGAUGUUUGGCCUGGAGUGGAUCAAUGCAGUUGGCAUGCAGGUUAUUGGGCUGCGAGUCAGGUGCUUGACUGGCUGGUUCUUGAAGAGGUUGGCCGCCUUGAGACACUUGGACAGGACACCAAUGGCUAGAAUAUACGGACCAGAAAAUAUGGACAUGCGAGGAGGCACCGUUGCUUUUAAUCUGCUGGACUCUGGCGGUAAGGUUGUAGACGAGCGAUUAGUCGGGCAAGAGUCGGCAGCGGCCGGAAUUUCACUCAGGACAGGGUGUUUUUGUAACCCUGGGGCCGGGGAGGCUGCCAUGGGCUUGACUGUGGCUUCUCUGCGUAGGCUGGCCACGGCUACAGCGCAGAUGAGAGGGAUGGAUGACUUUGUCGAGGUUCUUGGCUUGCCAUCAGCUGGAGCUAUCCGCGUCUCAUUCGGGAUCGCUUCCACUUCUACCGACGUUGAUAGAUUUUUCGAGUUUGUGGAAAAGACAUACCGGGAUCGAGUGACAACCUCUGAGGGUCUUUUCCCGAGAGAGUCCUGCUAG